AUGACGGCGGUGAUCGAGCGCUUCCAGGGCGCAUUGGCUAUCGUCGAACGAGAAGAAGAGCGUCGAGAUGUGACAGGGCUGCACAGCGAUUGUCGUGGCGGCGAGGAUUCGACGUUCAGGGACAACCCCAUCGUUCCUGCCGAUCCUGCCUGGGCGCCACUUCCGAAGUUCCGACUACUGCGAACACUCUUCUCGUCGCCUGUCACCUUCGUCACCGGAACCCCAUCUCCAACGGAUAUGUCAACCGCUUUUCGUCUGUCUCAAACUGCUGGAAUUUCUCUAUUCAACGCCUGA